AUGGUAUUGACCAUGAUUCUCCACUUCGAUGAGAAUGAUGGUGGGCAUAAAGAAAGCCCUCCACAAGACAAGGCUGCCGACGCCCUUACCGAUCUAUGUAGCGGCAUCGUGAUAAAGGGGGAGCGCUUGACGAAGAGUCACUUGGCUAAGGCGACCUCCACUCGGGACUAUCCGUACACUCUCUGGACCAUCGGGGACGACCGUGGGACAUUUACGAAGCACACCUGUGAACGAGUGAGGAGCUCCCCAAGAAGGAACAAGGAGCUGCAAUAUGAAGUGCUCACUAGAUGCGAUGGGUUACCUACGACGCUAUAUUUCCCCGACGAGGAGGCCGCUGUGGACUUCGCUGUGCAGUGGGGUCAUCUCGAAGCGUAUGAAGUGGAUGCGACCGUUUUGAGGGAGGGACGUGUCGCGAAGAACCCCUUCUCGCGGUUUGCUCUGUUCAAGAAAAAGCUGACGGCUGCUCAUGUUAACUUUGGCAAAAAUUGGAAAGCAGUGAAGAGAUAUCUCAAGAUCGGCAGCAAGACGUAUGCGUACUGUGAACAAGUGACUUCUGGUCCUACUAGUUACAGCGAUAACUGGAAGCUUCGGGUCACUUGUACCAAGGAGAACUCAAAAAUGACGAAGACUUUCGAUAUAGAGUUCCUCAGCAAAGACAGUGCGAUGAGUUUCGCUACUAUAUGGGGAGGCUAUACGACUGAGGUACCGAUGUCGGCGAGGAUGAUCAGGGGGUCGAACAUCAAGGCCGCUGAGCUCCUCGUCAGCCCUUCCACGGGACGCGCCAGAAAGAGAAUUCUCCGCCUCCAGGACAACAAAGCAAGAAUCUGCCGUGCCGUCAGUGACGUCAUCUACAAGGGUGAUGCUGCUGACGUCGUAGUGGUAUGCGACAAGCAGCUGCAUACCAUACCGUUCGAUGCCUAUCAACGUGCCGAGAGAUUUGCUGCUGUUUGGGGCGGCUUCAAGAAGGUCGAUGAAGAUGUCGUCGGGAAAUGUUCUAAGAUGGAGAUAGCUGGACAAGCCGAUACUAUCGCUAGGGCAACAUCAGACGUCGUGUCCCUGGGGAGAAAAAUCGCUUCUGGACGUCUCGAGACUAGUGAAGGCUUGAUGCUGCGUUGUGCACGUGUGAACGAGCCGGUAUCAUAUGAAGGAGGCAUUGACAAGUACGUGGUUAAGACCAAGUGCCAGGACCGCACCACGAGGAUCAUCUGCGAUGACGAGGAUGCUGCAUGGCGGUUCUCGGCCCAGUGGUCACAUUUCCGGGCGGGGGUCUCUACCAAUCUCGGCCUAGUGAGUGCCUCUACUCGUGUCGACCUCCACCACAACGGUAAACACUUUCUGUUCACCCUCACUGCAGCCAACGUCGAGAGCCAUGUGAGCUCGUCGAGUGUUCGGAUGCGCUGGCUCGGGCUCCGCUAUGCUGGCACCUCCACUAAGGACGAUCGAGAUUUAUCCCGUAAAUGGUUCGUGUGUUCGAAGGUUAAGACUAUUAAAGAAACUGAUAACGGCGAAUUCCAUGUCGUUACCACGUGCGGUCUUUCACUCCGCAAUCGCAUCCCGAGUCCUGAGGAUAGUAACGACGAAGUUGAAGUUGUCUUCGCCAAAAGAGAACAGGCACAAGAGUUCGCCUCGCAGUGGGGCCAAUACAAUCCAAUGAAUGCCCACGAUGUCGGAGUGAUUUACUCGGCGGAGCCUAUGGCGGGUGUGGUCGCGGCUGGCUUUUACCGGGAUACGUUCUCUGGAAAGCUGUCGGGCAGGGUGCUCACGACUCGCGACGCCGCCUUUGAAUGCGGUGCGGUAUCGGCCAUGGAACAGCAGAUCGAUGGUGAUGUUCACCUCCGAACCGAGUGUUCAGGGGAGCGGAAGACGACAGAAAAGCUCAGCUCGGCUGACACCACACUGGUGUUGAAACGUGCUGAGACAGCGGUGAAGUGGGCUGUGAGAUGGGGAGAUAUUGCCAAAUCCGAGAUCUACAUGUCCUCCGAUAUGGUAUCUGAUUCUACUGCGAGCGUGCAGGACCAGGUCACAGGCACUGUGAAUGUUGCUAAGUUGGUAUAUGCCUCGACGGGAGCUCUACAGACUAGGGUUAUCGAGGUCCUAUGUGGAAGCACCAUUGUACGUGUUACCUUUCCGAGCCAAGAACUUGGAAUCGCUUUCGCUCGAUAUUUCGGCGGCAUGCACAACGCUAAUAUUGAAUCUGAUGCGGAAUUCAUCGGCUCGUGUCCGAGCGCCGUCAUUGGAACUGGUGGCGUUCACGAUCUCAAACAUGCUCGGCUACGCAAAGAGACAGGGACCGGCGAAGUUGUCAAGGCUGGGGCUUCCACCCGAAUCAACUGCGAUGGGCUGCAGCAGAACCCACGUGUCGGAUCCGAUGGAGUAGAAAUAUCUAUCAACUGCUAUGAGGAAACUUCGGGAACACCUAAGAAGUUGGAACUCCUCUGCGAUACUCCCUCCGAUGCUGUCAGCGUCUGCAAGGGCCCUCUAUUUGAGAAACAGGAUGCUGUGGUGGAGGUCAGCAGCAGAGUCCGCAGUGCAUGCGACGUCGUAACGAUAUCCGGUCAGUCAUCUCCGAUGCGCCUGACAUCAGCGAGCAUACAGGACUCGGCUGUGGUCGUUGAUAUCGCUGGCGCCGACAAGUCGAACACUAGACGGGUUUCUUGCACACACUUCUUCGGUUCUCCCGAGGUCACUGAUCAUCAAACCCUCGUACUCCACGCCCAGUGCGGAGAGGAGGUGUUGAACUUCGAGUGUAAAGACACAGCAGCUGCGUUACAACUCGCUGCAUCCGGACAGAUCGACCAGCCAGCAAUCGCCCUCCAGCAAGGAGUGAUCAACUCCUGUGCGGAAGUGAGACAGGAAGGCAUCUCGAAUGCAUUCUCUCUAUCGAAGGCUACAUACAGACCAAGCUUCGCGAAGAGCUCUGGGUACUCUCUUAUGUCCGGCUCGGGACAGGACCUGAAACGAUGGCUAACGGUUACUUUGAGAAAUGAUGAUGAGCCCAGUUACGAAGACUCGAACUACUUACUUUCCUGCGGCGCUGUGAGCUCUAUGCCAGAGCCCUAUUCUGCCCUCGAUAGAAAUGCUGACAAAUACAAAGUCUCCGUAGAGUGUGACAAUGCUGAAGGAAUAAGCGGGAACACCAAAGUGGAGGUAAACCCUGAAGCUAGUGAUACUGUUGCAGAAAGUGACCCCCAGGUCUUGUGCGACGACUCCCAGAGUGCCGUGCAGCUUUCCACGAUGUGGGGUUCUCUGGAAAGCACACAGAUGGCGAGUAUAGAACUAACGAGCCUACACACUCAAUUGAAAGCAGCAUGGCUUGACGCUGCGAAAGUGGAUUCCAACAAGGUUCAUAUGUUCGUCGCGAAUCCAGAUGGCGAACAUGAGGAGGGAAGCAUUCUCCAAAUUGGUUCGAGCUCUUAUAAAUGCGACCCGAAGGCGCCCCACCGCGUUUACUUCAAGCAGUUCUUCUAUUACGUUACCAUGCGCUGUAACGAGUUAUCGGCGGAUAAGAUGACCUUGGGAGACUCCCAUAAGGUGACGCUCAUUGCCAGCAGUGAAGAGGGAGCCCUCACCAUGGCGCGAGCUUUUGCCAAGUUGCCUGUUGACAAGGUAUGGAUUGAUCACACGCUCUACUUCGCGGAUGAGGAAGGAGACGCUACGCUUGGCGAUACCCAAGCUGCCUUGACGGAGGCAUACAUAAAGGUCUUCCCGAGGGAGUACGUGCUCGAUUUCAGCGGCGCAUUCCAGUGCAGUUGUAACGAAGUCUCACAGGCCCCGAGGCACACAGCAGGCGAUAAGUAUAAAGUUAUGCUGACAUGUGGUAAACGUGAUGGUGAUACUGAACCUGAGCAAAAAGAGCAAGUCGUUACCAUCGCCUUCUCCACGUCUUCCAAGGCGAUUGGUUUCUCCAACGCCUUCGGGGGCUUGUUAUACCAUGAGGUCGAGAUCGAUCCCACUAUCAUUCGUACUGUUGAUUACAUCUCGUCUACGCCCGAGCAGUAUAUGGGGAGAGGGGAGAUAUACCCACUCAAGAGGGCUACUGUGAGGUUUGACCUCGAUGGUCAUGUCACCUCUCGCCGCAUCGAAUUCUUACGCGCAGACCAGUUUCAUGGAAGUGACAACGGGAAGCGCACUUAUCAUCCUGUGAAGUUCGACUGCGAUGAGAAGCUCCUGCAGGAUCGCAAAGCUGAUCAAUCUGGUCGCAUCGUCGCCGCGACACUAACGGCGACAUGCGUAGAGACCUACAGUGGUUUCCACCAACAACGUGUCGACAGGGCGAAAGUCCUCAUGUCUUUCCGAAGAUCGCCUGACGCUGCCGAAGCCUUCAUGAGUUGGUGGCGCGGUAACUUCAGAACUGUUGAUACUCAAGUGUCGUAG